AUGCAGGUUGGGCAGCCCGAGGCAGGACGUCACCUGGAGGAGGAAGGACACCCGCUGGGCAGCGGCCGCUGGACGUGGUUCUGCGGGGACACGGAGCCUCUGCUGCUGCCCACAGCUUGGAGGAGGACAGGGCGAGGGCUGGGCCAGGCUCUCCUGGUGGCGUGCCGGCUCUCAGGAGCCUCCGAAGUGGAGCUGCUGAGCCGGAGCUCAGAGUUCCAGCUGCUGGCUCCCUGCCCGUCCUGCUGCACCGCUCAGCACCACGCUGCGGGCAGGCUUGCUCUGUUUUCCUUUGCAGCAGGAGGGAGCAGCAGCAGGAGGAGGAAGAGGAGGGGGCUGCCCUGGCCCUUUGCUCAUCGGAGGAGCCCGGCCGCUGCCCAGGCGCCAGGGCAGGCGGGCUCCGGCUGCAGCAGGGCGCUCUUUGGCCAGCCCCUGGCAGCCCUCUGCGGGGAGGACGGCUCCCUGCCCCGGCCCGUCCAGGAGCUGCUGGCUGUCCUGCUCCGGGAAGGACCGUCGACGGAGGGGAUAUUCCGCAAAGCCGCCGGCGGGACCGAAUUUCGGGAGCUGCGCGAGGCCCUGGACCGCGGCGCACGCGUCGACCUGGGAAGCCAGCCUGCGCUCCUGCUGGCCGUCGUCUUGAAGGACUUCCUCCGAAGCAUCCCCGCCAAGCUCCUCGUGAACGACCUCUACGAGGACUGGAUGGCAGCCAUGGAGAGGACCAGCAAGGAGGAGAAGGUCUCCGAGCUGAAAGCGGUGGCCGAGAAGUUGCCUGCAGCCAACCUCCUCCUCCUCAAGCGGCUGCUCUCGCUGCUCCAGCACAUCGGCCACAACGCAGCCACCAGCAGGAUGACCGCCAGCAACCUGGCCAUCUGCCUUGGGCCAAACCUGCUGAGCCCGCCCAACGAGGACCUGCUCCCGCUGGAGGCCAUGCUGGAGGUCACUGGGAAGGUGAAGGUGCUGGUGGAGUUUCUGACGGAGAACUGCAGGGAACUCUUUGGGGAGGAGGCGACUGACCCGUCCUGUCCAGCAGCCGAGGAGGCGCCGGCCCCCACGGAGACAUCCAGAGCUCUGCGUUUGGAAGAGCAGCAAGUCCCUGCGGUCACAGCAGACGCCGAGCAUCAGGCAGAAGCCUUGCCGCACGCACCCCCCUCUCUGCUCGGUGUCCUCAAAGAAGCUGGGGGAGAUACGGUGGGGGAGUCUGAAACGGGAGAGGCACCUUCAGCUUUGCCUCCCACCGCCCCCGAGAGCGCGGCAGGCUCCCUGGGGCGCCCAGAAGAAGUGGCGAGCCUUUCCGAGGACGGCAGGUUUGCAGGCUCUCCCCAGGACAAGGAAAAGAGAAGAAACUGAAGGAGGAAACAGGCCUGGGGAGAGGAGAGGGAAAGCUGGGCGGAAAAAAAGAGGAGGAAGAGAGAACACGUAUUGGGGGAUCGCAAACGGAAAAGAUGCAGGAAGGUCCGGCAGGUCGAGAAGCCCAGGUGCCGUUUUCCUGUUAGUGGCUGAACCCCUGUGACCCCUGGGCCCGCCCCCCCCCCGCAGUUGAUGUUCUCAAUAAAACAAUUUUU